GUUUGUUAAUUCCGUUACCUUGACAAAGCUCAAGGGAAAAUCAGCCGGGGGAUACGAAGAUUAUAUCAACUGGAUUUGACAAGUAACCCAGUCCACGAGAAUGACUCAGUAGGACCGUUUUGACUGAAGUGAUAGCAUUAUAAUGAAUAUCCACCGAGUCUAAGAGCAACAGCGGACUUUGGGAGCCCAGUUUGAGUGCCGCUAUCAUCUCAAGUUGGAUAUCUAAUCACUGCAAUGACCGACUCGUCCAAACCGCCUUUGGGGAAGAGAAUGAAGGCCCGUGCCCCUCCACCACCACCGGCCCCUCAGCCGGCCCCACGCCACAUCUUCAGAAACACUGUACCUGAUGGGGGAGGGACAUCAGGAAUGGAUGCCAAGGAGAACAUACUGAGACCCACUGUGGAUUUACAGCUAACACUACCACAGGGAUACCAGACUUCUGUAACUGAGGAUGGCAGUAAGGCGCUGAUGGACCUGCUGGUCGAGCAGUGUAGCCGCUACCAUUUGAAUCCAGCAUUGCACACCCUGGAGCUGCUGUCACCCGAGGGCCACACUUUGGGGUUCAAGCCCAACGCGCUGCUGGGCUCCCUCAACGUGGCCUGUGUCCUCAUCAAGGAGAAAGUCUGGGAGGAGAAAGUGGUGCGUAGACCAGCGCCCAAAGUGCCAGAGAAAACAGUGCGUUUGAUGGUGAACUACCACGGCAGCCAGAAAGCAGUGGUUCGGGUCAACCCAGUGGUACCACUCCAGGCUCUGAUACCGGUCAUCUGUGAUAAGUGUGAGUUUGACCCUGCACAUGUCCUGCUCCUGAAAGACAGCAUCAGUCGUCACGAGUUGCCACUGGACAAAUCUCUGACAGAGCUGGGGAUCAAGGAGCUCUACGUACACGAUCAGAGUCUAGUUCUCCAGCCUAAAAUGGCUUCUGCCCCUGCUCUUAACUACUCAGACUCUGUCCGCGCCAGUACUACCACUUUGGGCAGAACAGAAAAGAAAGGCCUCCUGGGUCUCUUCCAGUUUAGUAGGAGGAAAGCCAAGACAGAGACAACAUCUAUGGACAUGGAUGACUGUGAUGAAAAAGUAAUCCAAAAUACAGACACACAGUCAAAUGGUUCUUCGACAGUGUCCGGGAUCUCCAGCAUAGAAGAUCGGCCCAGCACCUUGGGCCAGUCUCAGUCUGCCAUGAACAUAUCGAGAAUGUCUCCCAAGUCUGAAAACAAGAAGAGGAGGGCUCCGGCACUACCCGAAGCCCCAACACCCUCCAUGGGACAUACUAGUUUUGACGGCUAUCAGAUGGGCCUCGGCUCAGAAAGCCAGCAGAGGAAAAGAAAGGCUCCAGCCCCUCCUCCCACUCCAGCUUCCAUCACCCCAAGCCUUGACGACACUUCAUCCUCUGCCAAUCCCACCCCUGAUAACCACGCUACUGAAACACCUACCCCGGCCUUUCGUACCAAGGUGUCACAGUCAACCACCGUCUCUGCUACCACAGUGGUAUCGCAAAAAUUGCAACCAGUCGCAGCUGCACAACCUCCACAUGGGUCCGCCGACACCCCAACCCCCAGCUCCCCGACCCCAAGUAGCAGCACCACGGACAGCCUGGCUGUCCAGGAUUCCAGCUCUGAACUCAGCCAAAGCCUCAACGACUCAGACGCUGACCUAGACCAGACCGGUUCCCAAUGCAGCAGUCUCACCAGCAGCACAGGAAGCAGGUCUGUGCAGGUCCAACCCAUGAAGAAAAGCUCCAGCAGUAGGAUGAAGGAAUCUGAGAAGUCCAGCAGCAUGGCUGCUAAAUUAGAUCAAGAGGCAACCUCGGCCAGCAGCUCCAAGUCGGAUACUGAGUCGGCCCUAAACCUGAAACUGGAUGAAGUUGAGAACAACAGACACAGCGCAAUGGGAACCAAUGAUCGACCAGCACCACCCAAACCUCGGCGUUGCCCAGCCCAGGAGUCACCACAGUUUGUCUUACCCCCUACCCCGUCUUCCCCUCCCAUUGAGCCCAAAGAAAGCAACUCCCCACAGAAUCCCAUGGAGGCAGAGGAAGCAGCGCCCCAGUCUUGGCUCCACUCCAUGCGGAGCUCCGCAGCUAGUGGCCAGAAACCAGAAACUGAAACACCCGAGGAGACCAUGUCCUUGGGAAGCAGCAGCGGUGGCAGUAGCCUGCCCGACCAAGGUUACGCCGCCUCUGAGGGCAUGGCAGAGGGCGAGGACUCAGGGAUGGUCAGCUCUCCGUCUGACACCCAACCCACAUCCCCAGAAUGGAGCUUGUCUCUGGAUGGUAGUAGUGGAGUGGGAAGAGAGAGACUGCUGAGACCAAUGCGGGACAAUUCCAGUGACAGCGAUGAGGGAUGUGCCACCUGGGGAUCAAGACACAGGCAAAAUGACAUCAACCCACAGGCAAAGUCAGGCAGGUUAAAGGGCAGUUAUGAAGAUGACCCAGAGCUCACAGCCCAGCUCCAUCAGACUUUGGCAGAUUUGGAAGCAGACCUUGCAGACCACGUCGAUAUAGUCUCAGCAAAGGAGACUCCCUAUACUAUGUCCACAGACAGUAAUGAGGUGCCGGUGUCUGUAGUGGACAUGGAUGUGCCAGUCACAGCCAUAGAUGAAGUACUGGAGGACUAUGAACAUAACAUUGUAGAAAAUGAGGCAAAGUCACUAACCAGGAAUGAGUCAGCUGGCAGCAAAGGUCCAGGCCUUUGUCACCCGUCCAGUGUAGAGCCACAGAAUAAAAACAACAAUGCUUGUACAGCUGCUGACAGUAAUAAAAGCAGCAGUGCAAAUACUAAGCAGCCGUCUCAAUCUGAGCAGCAUAGGAAGUCACUGGAGAACAAGUCUAAAUGUGAUAAAAAGGAAGAAAAGAUACUGGAAACAAAAAUUGAAGAGAUGAGGAUCUCUGAUACCAACAGUGUGAAAGAGGAUAAACAAAGAACAACACCAGCAGUGAAAUCUAAUGUUGACAUGCAGAAACACAGCAAGAGCACUGAGAUCAAACCCGAUCCUGUUAAAAGUAAUACUCAAUCUUUUCGAGGGAAUAAACCUGUUCUUCCACCAACCAGUCAGAAAACAGUAUCUACAGAAAGAGAUGAAGAGAUGCACAGAGUUCACCAAAAUACCUCCAUCUCCAAUACUCCACAUGGUAAAAUCACUCACGUCACAUCACGCUUCGGGUUGAAAACCUUUACUGUGGUCCCUCCCAAACCCUCUGUCUUUAAUGCUGCUACAGGAGUGCCAGCUGUCCCAUCAACUGUUGGUGCCAUUAAGAUUGACGAUCAAGGGAACAUGGUGAAAGUGGGUAUUUCCCGGAACAAAGUUGGUGGUUCCUCAGAGACAGGAAUUAAUUACAGUGAGGGGUCUCCACUUCUUGGAAAAGCCAAAGCUUUUUGGAACUCAAAUGAGAGACAAGAAAGUCCUGUGCCCUACAACAAAGGUCUCAUUGAUAAGGCUAAGGAGAGCACAGAUACCCUGAAAAGUACUCCCACUGCAAUCUCAGAAACUACAUUGAAGACCAGUAACACUGAGGACCUAAAAACAUUGCAAACGUCACUUAAUAAACCUGCAGAGAGAGCGCAGCCUAAAGAGCUGGUCAAAGAAGAAGCUAAAGAACCAGUGAACGAAGUUGCUAAACAGGAGCGGGAAGAGGUGGAGAGCAAGAUUUCAGUGUCCAAAAAUGUUCAGCAGCCAAGUAAUAAACCUGCCCUCCCCCCUCCUAUUCUCCCAGACCUGAGAAAGGACCUGUCCUUCCUCAAACCAUCUAGACGAACCUCAAGCCAAUACGUGGCGUCUGCCAUCAAUAAAUACACUCCAAGGACUUCAGCUCAACCCAACUCCAUUCCUAGCAUACCUGACUCCUCUGCUUCUUUUAAAACACAGACUGGUUUCCAGAGGUCAGGUCGGUCCAUACAUGUGAAUCCACACCAAUCUUCCCAGUCAUCUUUGUCAGAUAAUAAGGAGAAUGAAUCUGCUUUUAAAUCCAACCCUCCUGGUCCUAAGAGGUCUAUGAGCUACCCAGAGUAUGUGUCAGAUAGGGAUUUUGGAGAAGUGAGACCAGACAGGGAAGGAUUUGGAAGUUGUAUUGGAUCCAUCAAAGGAAGCUCUAAUACACUGGAAACAGAAACAACCAAGAAUAACCCCACCCAAAUAAAUAUGACCGCCAAUAACGACAGAGAUAAUAUUAAACAUAUUCAGCACAGAAGUCCCAGUCCUGUACAAAACAGUCCUCUACACUCAUCUGCCAAACCACCCACAGCCUUCAAGACCGUAUACCAUGGCCAGACAAAUAACACGAGGGACAUGACCAAGGCAGCCACCCAUCUAACACCUAAUGGCAAACCACAACCCUCUGUCACAGUGGCAGACAGUGGUGAGACUCCUGGGCCGGUGACAGUGUUUGGUCCAGUUAAAAAGUUCAGACCAGUGAUCUGUAAAUCUGUUGAGAAAGACAUGUCUCUGCACAGCAGCCUGAUGGAGGCAAUCCAGACAGGCGGAGGCAGGGGUAGGCUCAAGAAGAUAACCACAGGUGGUCCCAGCAGCAUGAAGAAAGCAGCUUAUGAUGAGGAGGAGAAUGAGAGGUCUGCUCUUCUGGCCGCCAUUAGAGCUCAGAGCAACUCUGGAAGGCUGAAGAAGACCAAAUCUGAGGCUGCUGAUGAGCUGGAGAAGUUCAGGAAGGCUUCUGAGGAGGAGAGAAGUGCAAGCUCUCCCUCUUCUCCUUGUCCUCCCUCUUUGACUUGCUCUCCUCCUGUCUUUACCCCACCACCACCACCAGCACCCAUGAUAGCACCUCCACCUCCUCCCCUUGUCUUGCCCCAGAGUAAGCCUAGCACUACUGUGGCACAUCCAAGUGCUAACGCCCCUAUGAACCCUGCUUUGGCCAGGGAGGCUAUGCUGGAGGCCAUUCGCUCUGGAUCUGCUGCUGAGAGGCUAAAAAAGGUCGCUGUGCCCACAAAAACAGUCAAAGUGAACGGCCGACUGGGAACAAUCCAAGCAACCUCCUCAACACUCCCUCAGCAGUAAGAGGGAAAGCCCACAUCACCACAACGAGGAAUAAUUAUAACAUUUUCUUUCAGUUUUUGUUUUUUGCCAUUGUGCUUUUGCAACAGACAUUUGGAAAAUUGGAUUGAGUCACAUUUUGAGUAAAUGUUUGAAAGUUCUGGGGUACUUUAUCUGAUGUGUGACUCAAAUUACAAACAAUAAAAUAAGAAUAAAGAACAAAUUCUACAUGCUAGAUAAACUAUUCAAAAAGGGCUUCAUAACUCUGUCUACCAGUCUGGGGCCUUAUUCUUAAACUAAUGCACUAAUGCUGAAAUAACUUUGAAUAAAAGAGUAAUGAUUUUUCUUCUUGCAAGGGGAAUGUUGCUCUCUUAGUAGCCAAACACCAGUAACACCUGAUAAUAGGUGUUAUAGGUGAAAGGUUUACAGUUGAUUUUACUCAUAUCAAUCAUCCCAGUUAGCUAACAAUGGCUUGUUGGAAAAAAAAUCAUUCUAUGUCCAUCUUUAAAACAUUUCACUGUUCUUAAACUAAACUAAAUUUCACUGUGCCAUCUGUACUUGAAUUCAGUAGUUUAAACUGGUCAGUUGUACAAAAUGUGUGCCAAUGAAAUCAAAUUUAAAUAGUUUAUGCUACUUUCAGAUCUUUUUUUUUUGUUCUGAUCUUUUUUUUUUUUUACCACAGUUAAGUUAUGGAUGCCUUAUACUGUUAUCAGUGUUAUGUAUAUGAUGUUUGCUGUAAAAAUUCUAUAUGCGGUGCAAUAAGUUGGAUCUGAUGAUCUUUCCAUAUUUGAACUACUUAAUAUUUGUUUAACAAGAGUACACUUACGAAAACAAUGGAUGAAUCUAUUGAAAAUGUUUGAGUGUAUUAUUUUAUCCAGAUCUGAUCCUUAAUGCCAACUUCUACAGUUCUUGGCUCUGAGGAGGAGUAAGAUGAUUGUGACCAACUAGUGCCUGUUAGCUCAAUGUGCUCCUGUUUUAGCUUCUAACCUUCACUUGUGCUGCUGUUUAAAAUCUAAAGACAUUGGCAUACAUGGUCAGUGCCUUGCAGAAACUUCCUACUUGUACAGUAGGGAGCUGACUGACCAUGCCUUUGAUUCUUGCUAUUUUAGAGAAAUUAAGAGGAAUCUUUCCUUUCCUCAAAAGAUUUGAAACUAUUUUGAAACACCAUUAUUGAAGUUUAUCAGUUAGUUAAUCAACAAGUCACUACCAAUACUACUACUUAAUACAAACCACCACUCAUAGGAAGAAGUAAUACAGAUUUAGGAGAACUGUACUGUAUGGAGAAGCUAUGGUUUAUAAAGGAAGAGUGGACUAGUGCCAUUAAAUGGUAAAGUUAUGGAUAAAGGGGAUAUCCACGCUGAAUCGUCUUUAGAAUGAAGAAAAAUCUAGAGCAUCCACAUUCAGGUGUACAUGCUCGCUGCUGUGGAUUGUGAGAUAAAUCUGAGUAAAGGGAGUUGAAAUCCUAGAUUUAUAGAGACUUAUUUUAAUUUAUGCUUAGUUUUAGCACUCAAAAAUACUGUCAUUGUUGUAUGUUUUAUCCUGAGAGUGAAAACCUUAAGAGAUUUUCUGUUUUGUUUUCCUCUAACUAGAAGGGAUUGUUUGAUUUCUGCUAGAUGGUUUCAUCUACACACAAGAGCCUACAGCACAUUGUAGAGUUGUAUAUUUUGUAAACUAUGAGAAACACAAUCAUGAAAGAUUUGGUUUAACUCUUCCAUAGAGAGCUAUUUCACCAAUAGUGUGAACAUUUUAUAAGCUAUUGCUUUUUAAGUUUAAUGUUGUUUUUUGGGAAGGUUGCACAAUUAUUUUUUGUCUACCUAAUUUUUGAUCAAUAAAUAAUUUUGUAAUCAAGUGAAAACUGACUUGCAGAUCACA